GCACGAAAAACCAGUGUACGAGUAAUGAACACGUAUUGGAUUUGUUCUGAAUUUAUUCGCUAGGACCAUUGUCAUCACUUUCACUUUCCACGCGAUUUUGCUAUAAUAGUGGUUCUAGUGUGCAUACACUGCACCGAGGCGCAGUCGCCAUGGAUGACACCAUGUCGACCCUUACGAAAAUGACACGCACGGUAAAAAAACUGGAGGUACCCAGGCCCCUGAAAUCUACGACUAGCACCGCGCACAACCGCAACUCUGUGCUGGAUGUCAAAAUAAAUUCUGUUGAUGAUCUGAUAGUUUUGACGGAGGCUGUGGCAUACCAAAUGAUGCAGGGCAACUACGACCGUGCGCUUCAAAGCAAUGUGGCCACCAUGUAUUCUAACCUUAAGCUUUAUGGCGCUCAGCUCGAAGCCCUCUUUAAGGACUUCCUUGAUAGAUAUUUUGUUGUGUUCCGCAAUGGUUCACAAGACGAACGACUGGACAAGAAGACUAGACUGCACCUUCUCGAGCUUAUCGAGUUGCGCGCCAAACAUUGGCAGGGAUCCGACUACAUGAGUCAGUAUUAUAGGCACCGUGGCACACAUGCUGAGCCACUAUUGGUGCCGACGAUGGAAGGAUCGGGCAUGGGCGGCUCGGUGUCCCCUACGCUGGCUGCGCCAACCGAGCCGCCCACUCUGCUGGGCCCGGGCGAGGUCAUCAAGCCCUCUGGCAAAUUCCCCAAGCCCACUAAGAUCCCCGGAAAGAACUACUCCAAGGACGAGGUUGUUAUCAGAAACGCUGAUUCUGGAAAAGUGAUGGGUAUCAAGGGCAGGAGGGUGCACAUGAUCGAGGAGCUAAGUGACACGAUUAUAUCAUUUCAGCGAGUGAGCCCUGGUGCUAAGGAGCGUCUCGUUCAGAUCACCGGGCCCAAUGAGGAGAACGUAAAUCACGCGAAGCACUUGAUUGGUGACACUAUCCGUCGCAACGCGUCGCCGGUGCGACUGGAGGGCGCGCUGGAUGCGCAGCUAUGCGACUCCCGCGCCAGUCUCGACUCGGCCGGCUCGGAUGAAGCGCCUCGCCCGAGGGAGAAAUCCCCGCACAAUUCCCGAGCUUUACUACAUAGUUUUUCUACGAACGACGCCGCAUUAGGAGAAUAUAAGUACACUGUGACUUUUGGGCAACAUUCCAUUAAGAUCACGGGCCAUAAUUUGGAUCUUGUCAAGACUGCAAAACUGGUGCUGGACGAGUACUUCGAGAGCGCGGGCGCGUUGGAGGCGAUGGGUGCCGGGUCAGGCGACUUCUUCACGCUGUCACAGCGACCCGGCGCCGCGCUGCUGCUGCGCGAUGACGCCGCGCUCAACGGCGCCGACGACGACGUCUUCGCGCCGCCCAACGCGCAAGCGGGCGCCGACGCAGUGGACCUGCAAGCGGGCGAGGCGGAGUGCACGCCGCGCCGCCCGCGGUUCUCGCGCGCCACCAGCACCGACAAGAACCAAGGUGGCGGCGCGCGACAGACGUACACAUACGAGACAUUGGUGCAGUACGCGGACUCGCCGCUGAGCAAGCUGCCGCCGGCCGGGAUGGCCGCGUUCCCGCCGGAGCUCGCGCGCAAGAGCUGCUUGGAGUUCGACAGCGUCAGCUACCUGAAGAAGGUGCGCGCAGCCGCCGGCACCACCGUCGCCGCCGUCGACGCGCCUGAUUCCCCCGAGCCGGAAUAAAACUUCUGCUGUACACAGUUCGCUCGCACCGCACACCACGCACACGAUACUUGUUCUCAGAAAAGUAAAAGUGUAAGCGCUGUAGAUUGAAAGUUUAAUCCAUUAUCAAUGCCAUAAGGACG